GGUGGCCAGUCUUUCCUUGAGGGGCACAACAGACCCUGUGCGGUGGGGGGCUACUGACGUUAUGAAGGGCAGUGGACCACCAGCCACGUCAGUCUCUUUGCAGGCGUUUGUUGCCAUCGGGGAUUACAACGGACAUGUUGGUUUGGGUGUGAAGUGCUCUAAGGAGGUAGCCACUGCCAUCCGUGGGGCCAUCAUUCUGGCCAAGCUCUCCAUUGUCCCCGUGCGACGAGGCUACUGGGGGAACAAGAUCGGCAAGCCCCAUACCGUCCCUUGCAAGGUGACUGGCCGCUGUGGCUCCGUGCUGGUGCGUCUCAUCCCUGCCCCCAGGGGCACUGGCAUCAUCUCAGCCCCUGUGCUCAAGAAGCUAUUGAUGAUGGCUGGAAUUGACGACUGCUACACCUCUGCCAGGGGCUGCACUGCCACGCUGGGCAACUUCGCCAAGGCCAUUUUUGAUGCCAUUUCCAAGACCUACAGUUAUCUCACUCCUGAUCUCUGGAAAGAGACGGUGUUCACCAAGUCUCCAUAUCAGGAAUUCACUGACCAUCUUGUAAAGACCCACACCAGAGUUUCCGUGCAGAGGACCCAGGCUCCAGCUGUAGCCACCACAUAGUUUUGUAUAAGAAAAAUAAAGUGAAUGAAGCUAAAAAAAAA